AACCUGCACGCGGGUCAAGAACAGCGGCCCGCCGAGGCUCCUCCUUCCCUCCAGUCGACCGGUUUCCCGCCGGGCAGGCCUCUCCGGCGUAGAGGCCUCCCUUCGUUCCCCGUCGCCGGUCUCCGGAAACGCCGCCCGUGCGCUCUCCCUUCCCCUCCCCUCCCGGAGCCCCGCGGUGCCUGGGCCGAGCCGGACAGGAGCCGUGCCAUGGAGCGCUCCGAGGCUUCCUGCUUCUCGGCGGCCUUCAGCUGCGCCUUCCUCGCCUCCUGCCUGCUCUUCUCGGCGUUCAACCGGCAGCAGCGGGAGGCCUACAUGGACGAGGCCUUCCACGUCCCUCAGGCGCAAGCUUAUUGCGCGGGUCGCUUCCAGCAGUGGGAUCCAAUGAUCACCACAUUGCCUGGUUUGUACUUGCUGUCAGUUGGAAUCCUGAAGCCCAUAGGCUGGCUCUUUGGCUGGUCUGAAAGCAUCCUCUGCUCUACAGGAAUCCUCCGAUUCAUUAACCUGCUUUUCAGCAUUGGAAACUUCUAUUUAUUAUACUUGCUCUUCUGCAGGAUACACCAUAAAAAGGCUGCCUCUGGAUUCCAGAGAAUCCUGUCAACCUUGACACUAGCAAUAUUUCCAACUCUUUAUUUUUUUACAUUCCUUUAUUAUACUGACACGGGGUCCACGUUUUUUACCCUUUUUGCCUAUUUAAUGUGUCUCUAUGGCAAUCAUAAAACCUCAGCAUUCCUUGGAUUUUGUGGGGUUAUGUUUCGCCAGACGAAUAUUGUAUGGACUGUCUUCUGUGGUGGAAGCAUUGUUGCAGAAAAGCUAAGUGAAGGCUGGAAAUUGGAAUUACUGAAAAGCAAAGAGAAGAAAAACUUACCGGCACAAAACAUCUUUUCAGAAUCAUUCAGGAUUGUUAGAUUUCUCCUUGGGUACUUUAUGUCACUUAAAAACAUCAGCAGUCUGAUUCUCUUGAUAUGGCCGUACGUUACUCUGGUGGUGAUAUUUGCUAUUUUCAUUGUCCUCAAUGGUGGCAUCGUUCUUGGGGACAGGAGCAGCCAUGAAGCCUGCCUGCACUUCCCUCAGCUAUUUUAUUUUUUUUCUUUUAGUCUUUUUUUUUCCUUCCCUCUUAUAGUGACACCCGGUAAAUUUAUCAAUUUUCUUCAUUCUGUGAGGAUCUAUUUUCUGCGAUACAGUAUCCUUGCAAUUGUUUCUUUAUUCCUCGUCUGGAAAUUUACUUACGCCCAUAAGUAUUUGCUUGCAGAUAACAGACAUUACACAUUUUAUGUGUGGAGAAAAAUCUUUAAAAGACAUGAGCUUGUCAAGUACAUAUUAGUUCCAGUUUAUAUAUUUGCUGGCUGGAGUUUCACAGAUGCACUGAAGUCAAAAUCUGUUUUCUGGAACUUAGUAUAUUUUGUAUGUCUGUUUGCCAUCACAGUUCCACAAAAGCUUCUAGAAUUCCGUUAUUUUAUUUUGCCAUAUAUUAUAUAUAGACUUAAUAUUCCCUUGCCAUCACUUUUGAAACUUUUCUUAGAGUUGAUUAUAUAUAUUUUAGUGAAUGCAAUAACAUUCUAUUUCUUUUUGAACAAACCGUUUCACUGGCCAAAUAGUGAGGAAAUCCAGAGGUUUAUGUGGUAACAUUUGUUUCCUAAAACCUGUUCUAGAGCUUUUUGUUACAAAUAAGACGUUACAAUUUUAGAACUUCAUCAAGAAAAACGAAGUAUUCUGAUGCUUUUGUAAUAGAAGAAAUGUGAAGCGUGUAGAGUUUUUGGACUGUUUUUAUAAGGGCACCAUCAGUAUUUACUUCUUAAAAGAUCAGGGAAAUUUUACCCAUAUUCCCAAAAUAAUGUGAAUGUAUGGACAUUUUGAUCAUACCAGUUAUACUAUAGAAGUCAUAAACAUUGACUGUUUUCAUUGUAUUUCUUUCUGUACAUAUGUAACAAGUGAUUGGAAAUAAGUUUGAUUUAAUGUCAGUCAAUUAUUGUCUUUUUACUAUAUUGGGUAAUAUUGUUUCGUGCUUGCAUACAGUGACAUCUAAUUUUUUUAUAAUGUUUUGGGUCCAG